UUGGAUCCUGUUCUUUGGCGUGUUGGAGUCGUCUAUAGUGUAGUAAAAUUUGCUUUGGUGUCUAGCGGUGGACGUAAAAUUACUUGUGAUUAAAGUCCAUGGCAGCGUUAUUAAAGAAGAGAGCGCUGGCAGAAUACUGCCAAACUCAAACCUUAGUGGAAGAUGGCCCCAAACCAGCUCCAACCAAACGGCUUCAUCUGGUUCGCCGAAGUAAGACGGUGGACCACAGUGAAUUCAUCACCUCAUCUUUGGACACUACAGACCCCCAACAGCUCCUCCCUGCCCUUGUCAGUCUUCACAGUUCCCUACCAUUAGCUGGUGACUCACAAAUUGAGGUGGUGCAGGAGCUGAUGAAGCUGCUCCUCAAUGACACUCUUCCACCUUUCAUUACCACUAAGGUGCUUGCCCUCCUUGCCAACAUCAUCACUAGCCAUGCACAAGCUCAGCCUGUGUUUGAAGAAGUGAUGAGGGUAGCUCAGAGAACCAAGUCAAAAAAGGUGCUUGCCCAAGUGAUUCACUCUGCAUGUGCAUUGUCUCAGUGCAUUCCUCCUGAUCCUAAACUUCAAGACCAGGUGAUCCAGUUGGCACUCUCCCACAUUACCACCACCAAGUUCAUAAUAUUGGUACGCUCUCUUGAAGCAGUGGGAACCUUGUGUCCAGGAGAGGCAGGACGUGUCCAGUCAUCAAUCAUGAAUACUCUCAUUGAGCAUACAUCCCACCAGGACAAUAGAGUCAGAACGGCUGCCUUUAAUGCUCUUAUGGUUGUGCAAGAGAAGGGAGUGAAGCUGCCAGCAGAAGUGUAUGAUAGUGCUUGCAAAGCUCUUGGUGAUGAUUACCAGUGUGUGCGAGCAGCUGCACUUUUCUUAAUCAAGGUGGCUGCUGAGAGUGAUCCUGAGCGUUUGGUGCCCAUUCCUGAUAGUGACCUUCACAUGCGGUUGGUGGAUCAUGCCUUUUCUCAGAUAUGUAAUGUUGUUAAUGAUAUCAAUGUAAGAGUGAGAACUCAAGCAGCCUCUCUCCUUGGCUCCAUGUCUGGAAUAUCAGAGAAGUUCCUGCAGCAAACACUGGACAAGAAGCUAAUGUCCAAUAUGAGGAGGAAGCCAUCAGCUCAUGAGCGAGCAUUGGCAAUGCUAUCAUCUGGUGAGUGGUCAUCAGGAAAGCGUUGGGCAGACGAUGCACCAAAAGAACAUGUUGAAGCUGACUCAGUCUCCAUUAUCAACACUGGUUCUUGUGGGGCCAAUGUUCAUGGUCUAGAAGAUGAGUUUUUGGAGGUUCGUAAUGCAGCCCUUGAUGCAAUAUGCUCCUUGGCCCUGAAUAAUGCACAGUUUGCCAACCAGUCAUUGGACUUUCUGGUUGAUAUGUUUAAUGAUGAAAUUGAGGAAGUUCGUCUCAAAGCCAUCCAGGUGCUUCAGCAGAUAGCUGGUCACAUUAUCCUACGAGCUGACCAGCUGGAGGAGAUUCUGCAUGCCCUCAAGGAUGCAUCAUUGGAUAUUCGUGAGUCUCUGCACACCUUUCUUGGCACCACUGUGCUCUCCACUAUCUCCUCUGUCAAGAUUUGUGUUUCCAGCCUCCUAGAUAAUCUCCGCAGAUACCCUCAGGAUCGUCGUAGCAUCCAUCGAUGUCUACGACAUGUUGGACAAAAUCAUCCUAUCCAUGUGCAAGCCCUUGUCUCUCAGUUAUUGGCUGUGCAUCCAUAUUUUGAUGGUGUUGAGCCCAGUGUCCAAGAUGGAGAAUAUAUUUGCAAGCUGAUCUUGGUCCUGAAUGCAGCAGUGCAAUGCCCCACCAUCCUGCCUCUUUUGGAGCAGCACACCAUCCGCCACUAUGCAUACCUGCGAGACACCAUGCCUCAGCUGGUGCCAGUACUCAAGCUCGGUGAAGACCGGCAGCCAUCAAGAGAAGUAGUGUCAACAAAUACAUUACGUUUUCUGAGGGAGUCCAUGCAGAGAGUCAGCUCUGUGGACCAAUCUUCAACCAAGAUGCGCAUGACCAUCUAUCAGACAGUUCAUUCUGACUUGGUUAAACUUGCUGAUAUUGAUCCAGCUCUCUCUCCUGCUGCACAUUUUGCUGCAUUGUAUACACAGUGUAUGCUUUUGUUCACAAAAAUUUUGUCUACAAGGAACUGGCUGACUCCAUCCUCAUUGUCACUGCAACAAAGUGGAGCCCUCAAGAGUAAUGUAGAUCAGCUGCUAAAACAUACAUUUCGACUCCGUCAUGCCUUUACAAAUUUGAGUCCUGCAGAGGAAGCUAGCAUUAGAAAUCUCAGAGUUCGCACACUUGCACUGCAGUUAGUGUAUGUAGUUCAUGGCUCAACAGGCUCAGCACUUGGUCUGUGUGAUAACUUCUUAGAGCACACCGAAGCACUUCAUAGAUACCUCACUGAUGAAAAGUUAAGUGCAGACUCAUUCUUAGAGGCAGUGUUUGCAGAACUCAGUCAACUGGAGGAGCCACGUCCAGGAGCUGUUGCACGCAUACUGCAGCCACUUCUCCUAACCUAUCCUGUACCUGCUCUGGGUCCUAUUACCAAUCCUGCCCAAGUUCACAUGUGCUCAGCAGAAAUUAUUGAACCACAACCAGACAGUGAAACUAUCCAUAAGCUUAGUGCAGGAUUAGUAGUGGGUGUACAUCUUGAUUCAGAAAUAUCUCACAUCCCUGAUCCGUCAACUUUGCGGAUACGAGUGGCUUACCCUGAUCAUUCCACGCACCUCAUAGUUCCUCCCAGAAACCAUCUUCGUCUAGUGUCUCCUGGAACUUAUCGUCUACUUACAACAGUUUUAAUCUCCGCACAAGUAUCAUGGUCUGAGGCUUGUCAUGUGGGGUUGUCUUUAGUGUUAGAUCUAAGUGACCAAGAGGUUCUUGCUGCUCGAAGACAUUCAGUUGCCAAAGCUGAUGAUUCUGCCACAAUAAUCCAGCUUGUCAAGCCAGUUAAAGUUUUAGUUUGGCCAAAAUCCAUCAGAAAAGGUAUCUGAAACAAUUAUUUUGAAAUAUAUAUAUAUAUAUAUAUAUAUAUAUAUAUAUAUAUAUAUAUAUAUAUAUAUAUAUAUAUAUAUAUAUAUAUAUAUAUAUAUAUAUAUAUAUCUCCAGAAGGAACUAUUCCAACAAUUUUUUUGCACCUGAGACUUAUUGCAUAUCACCAUUGUUUUAGUUCAGACAAUUUUUGUCAGUUCCUGUGUCCAUUGAUUCCACUUGAUCAUUUAUACAAUAUAGAUUUGACAUUGAAAAAAUUAUUAUGUACAGGUAGUCUCCUACUGACAAACAUCUGAGUUAUAAAUUUUUGCUACAUACAAACCAAAUUGUCCAAGCUCAGAAUUAAUGUUUUAAGGAUAAUUUAUGUCUGCCAAGCAACAGCAGUAGGACAGGAGACUUGGGAGACAGUAUUGUACUGUAAUGUGUACCCACACAUAUUAGAACAUGUAUUGUGUGCUCCCUUUUUUUUUUUUUUUUUUUUUUUUUUUUUUCCUCUUAAUCAUUCAAACAUGUAAGGUAAGAGUAGUGGUGGUGACCCAUCCCUUCCUGUAGUCAAUACACCAUCAUCUCCUGUUUCUGAUACACCACUAUCAUACCCAUCUCUUGUUUCUGAUAUUCCACUAUCACCUACUGGAUUCUGUUUCUGAUAUUCCACUAUCACCCAUUGCCUCCUUUAUUUCCAGUCAUCAAUUUGUCUCAUCUCACCAUAGAAAGGCAGUUCAUGUAUGCCAGCUGUCUCCUUUUGAAGGUAAGAUUAAAGUUCUUAUUUUUGUUACUAUUAUAAACUUUACUUCAUGUACUUGAAGGUUGUUCAAAGCAGACUAAAACACAAAAAUGUUGUGUUUAUCAGUACAGUGGAACCUUGGUUUUUUAACUUAAUUUGUUCCUGAAUGCCAUUUAAAAUCUUAAAUGUUUGGAAACCAAAACUAUUUUCCCCAUAGGAGUCAAUGUAAAAUGGAUUAAUCCAUUCCUGGCCACCCUGUCUUAGUGGCUUACAAAACACUCCCACUGCCAAGAUGGCCACUCACAUUUCCAGGUCAGAAAUUAUUUAUUCAGAUAGGAUGUAGUGAAUUAAAUUAGUGACACAGAACUCAUCAGAUGUUGUUUAGACUAUGCAGAUAUUCUCUAUGUCAUCAGUCUAGUGAGGGAAGCCUUACAGAGUGAUACAGAGAGGAGCAAUACACUUACUGCCAAAAUAAAGGUGAUCAUCUUGCUGCUGAGAAAAGCUAUUGGGAAAAUGCAGUUGUGUAGUAGUGAUGACAUUGUGGGUCAUCAAGAGACAUUGGGAUUACUCCUGAGUCACCUGAAAAAUGUUUGUUUCAUUAAGGCUCUACAACAAGCUGACAUUUACCUCAUUUCAAAGACUGAAUUACUGUCUUAAUCAUUGUGUCUCUUCCAAAUACGUGAAAAUAGUGGAAAUACUUAUAGAAACUGUACAUUAGUAAUAAACAGCAGCUUUUGUCUCUUAAUAAUUGAAAUCAAGUAACUUUGUUUGAGAACCAAAUAAUGGUACGAUAACCAAAGCAAUUAUGAACUCAAAAUUUUGUUUGAAAACCAAUUUGUUCGAAAAGAGAGGUGUUCAAAAACAGGUUCCAUUGUAUGUCCAAAACUAGAACCAUCCACAACUAAAAUACAUGUUGCAAUACACACUAUAUUGUAGUACAAAUGAUGGACUUACAAACAAAUUGACUUACAAACAGGUUCUCAGAAUGGAACCUGUUCAUAAGUUUGGGACUGUCUGUACUGUAAAAUUUCCAUAAAAUGGCAUUCUGUAAGUCAGAAUUCCACCUGUGUUAGCAAGGCAACAAAAUAUUCAAUUAAAAAAAAAAACUGUCCAAAAAAGGUGAUUUCUGCAAAAUUUUUGUAAGAUGGCACUAUGCAGACUAAACCUGUAAAAAUAAAAAUAGAAAGUUAAGACCAAAUUUAGUAUAAUUCAUACAGCCCUUCUUGGCAUCAUGUUCUCAGAGCAAGGUGUAAGGGAAGGCUCUAAAGCAAUGGUUUCCAACCUGGGCUUCAUGCACCCCCAGUGGUACAUUUGAACUUUUCAAGGGGUAAAAUUGGUCUCAGAGAAUGACCACUACUGCACAAUACAUAGUGUAAUCUGCAGUCAGAUUGCACUUUUUUUUUUUUCCAAUUUUCUCAUUUUAGUAAAUAAACCUUUCAUCUAAAUUAUAUAAAGAGUAGGGUGAAUACCAUUUUAUUAUGGAACUAACCAUGUCCACAAUCUGUACUGGGCCUGAAAGGAUCAGGUACAGAAUGUAAUGAUCAACAUGGAUAAUAAUUAUUAUAAGAAAGAUAUGUAUGUGAUGGAUCAAAAUAAUUUGUAAAUUACUUGAGUUUAGUUUAUUGAUGUCACCUUUAAGAUUCCUAUGCAGUUUACACAUACAAAUUUCAUAAUAAAAUAAUAUAAAAAUAUUAUAAUUACAUCCUUUUAUUAUUAAUUUAUUUUUUGGAUACACGGGAGCCUACAAAAAUGCUCUAAAGAGAAGUGGAUGAAACUGAAGACCCUGGCCUGCAGGUGUUUCUUAAGAUUUUUAGAGAUCUUUCACUUAAGUCAAAAUUUUGAUGAGUCAAAAGCUAAACCCCUAUUAUGCCAUUUAUGGAGGUUUUGCUGCAUUUCCAUUCAUAUUUAGUAAUAUUUAUAUAAUGUUUGGGAAAGUUAUAUUAAAUUAUUUUACAAGAAA